AUGCCCGAAAGGGUACGUAUCGUUUUUGACGACGCGGACGACGUCCCCGUCCCUAAAAAGGUCCCUGAGGCCGAACAAAUUCAAGGCUCCGAACCAGUCAAACGAAAAGACCAGCCUACAGACCACCAGAAGAAGAAAAGCAAGAAGCGAAAGGUUGAGGGGUCUACAGAUUCACGGUCGCAAGAAUCCUCGUCGUCAAACGGAACGCAGGCCGAUCCGGCCUCCCGCGACACCAACGAGAAGCAUGCGGUCAACGGCGUCGCAAAUGGCACAUCCGACCACCCCAAGAACAAAAAGCACAAGACGAAGAACCAAGCGCCCCAAGGAGCAAAGCAUAAUUUCACCUCCCUAAGAGAAAAGGCCAAGGCGCUGUACGAAACCCGCAAGAACCUCCCCAUCUUCCCUCACGGCGAUGAGAUCCGGCAGAAACUGCGGGCGAACGACGUGAUGCUGCUGGUCGGUGAAACAGGUAGCGGAAAGAGUACACAGAUUCCUCAGUUUUUGGUCGAUGAGCGGUGGUGCCGUCCGACCAAGGCGACGGUUACUCAGGAAGAUGGGACCAAAAAGGAACUGACGGUUGGUGGGUGUAUCGCCAUUACACAGCCGAGACGAGUGGCUGCCAUCUCGCUGGCGAGACGUGUAGCUGAGGAAAUGGGGACGCCGUUGGGGUCUUCGUCGCCGGCCAGUAAAGUGGGUUACUCGGUGCGGUUUGAUACAUCUACGUCGCCAAGUACGCGGAUCAAGUUCUUGACCGAGGGAAUGCUCCUUCAGGAGAUGCUGCAUGACCCCUCGUUGACAAAGUACAGUGCGAUUGUGGUUGAUGAAGUGCACGAACGUGGUAUCAACGUCGACCUGGUGCUGGGGUUCUUGAGAAACUUGGUUUCGGGGCAAAAGGAAGGGCGAGGUGGUGUACCUCUGAAGGUCGUGGUUAUGAGUGCCACGGCUGAUAUGGAAAGUCUAACGGACUUUUUCAAGGAGGGUCUACAGGCGCAAGAAGAUACUAAGACAACAAACGGGGCCAAUGACCAACAGGAUUCUCCACAAGCGAAUGGCGAGGACAAGAUUUCUGUUUGCCAUAUCAAAGGUCGCCAGUUUCCAGUCAAAACGAUUUAUUCCCCGGCUCCUGUGCAUGACUUCGUGGAUGCAGCUCUAAAGGUGAUCUUUCAGAUUCAUUAUAAGGAGCCCAUGCCUGGAGAUAUCCUUGUUUUCCUCACAGGCCAGGAAACCGUCGAAGCUUUGGAGCAUCUGGUCAACGAGUAUGCAACUGGAAUGGACCCUGCGUUGCCCAAGGUCCAAGUUCUUCCUUUAUUUGCGGCUCUUCCCCAGGUCGCUCAACAACGGGUGUUUCUUCCUGCGCCUCCUCGCACACGCAAGAUCAUAUUGGCAACGAACAUUGCAGAAACCUCCGUGACUGUCUCCGGUGUCCGAUUUGUUGUGGACUGUGGCAAAGCAAAGAUCAAACAAUUCCGUACUCGCUUAGGGCUGGAUUCCCUUUUGGUCAAGCCCAUUUCCAAAUCCGCCGCCAUUCAGCGAAAAGGUCGUGCCGGCAGAGAAGCACCGGGACAGUGUUACAGACUCUACACAGAAAAGGACUAUCUAGCACUUGAUGAGACCAAUACACCAGAGAUUCUCAGGUGUGAUCUGAGCCAAGCUUUGCUUAACAUGAAAGCCCGCGGUGUGGACGACGUCAUGGGCUUCCCGUUUUUGACGCGACCCCCACGCGAGUCGUUGGAGAAGGCUCUCCUCCAACUGCUAAGCAUCGACGCUCUCGAAAAAUCCGGGAAAAUCAGCUCGAUUGGGCUGCACAUCGCUAAGCUGCCUCUUACGCCGACCCUUGGGCGUGUCCUCUUAGCAGCAUCAGAACAUGGAGAAGGGUGUCUUUUGGAUGUGAUUGACAUCAUCUCCUGCCUCAGUGUGGAGAACAUCUUCCUCAACACAACAUCCGAAGAAAAGAAGGAAGAGGCAGAGAAAGCGCGCCGAGACCUGUAUCGGAGAGAAGGCGAUCACCUCACCAUGCUUGCCACCGUACAAGCCUACGCAGCGGAGAAUACGGAUCGAAAGGCCUGGGCCGAACGACACAUGGUCUCUCAUCGAGCCAUGCAGUCAGUGAUGGAUGUCCGCAAGCAACUCACCAUGCAAUGCCGACAAGCAAAGCUCCUUCCCAGCGCCGGCGAGUCUCGCAACGCCUCUAACAACUCGGCCACUCGCGAGCCCUCACCUGUCCUUAUCCUCCAGAGUUUCCUCCGCGGAUUUUCCACCAAUACCGCCCGGCUCGUCCCGGAUGGCAGCUAUCGGACCGUUGUCGGGAAUCAGACGGUGGCCAUCCACCCGUCGAGCGUCUUGUUCGGCAAGAAAGUGGAGGCUAUCAUGUAUAAUGAGUUUGUGUUUACGAAUCGCAGUUAUGCACGGGGAGUUAGUGCGGUGCAGAUGGAUUGGGUUGGGGACGCGUUGACUGGAGCAUUGUGA